AUGUCCGGUGAAUCGGGACGCCAGCGUGCCUACCGCUCCCGCACGGGGCCACGGGCAAUGCAGGCGUGCCACCCGACUUACGAUACGGUAUCCCCCGGCGGGGUGGCACAUCGAGCCCGCUCGCGAGCGCUGUCGGGCAGCAGCAUCCAUGCCGGAGGAGUACGGAGCAUCAGUGUUAUGGCCAGUGAAGAUGGAACAGCGCCUCAUCUAUCGAGCCCGCCACCAGCACCAGCACCGGCACCACCCCCUGAUGACUCUAUUGGCCUCCCAGAUGAGAUACGAAGAGUUAUUUCUUACGCGGAUUGGGAUCUCAAUCUUGUACAGAAUCAUUUCAACUUCGCUAGCAGCCAUGACUUCCUGCCAGCAGGCCUCCUCUCUCCUCUACCCGAUCUCUUCGGCUUUGACGCCAGCAUGGGUGAGCCUGAGCUCGUUGCCGCCUCUACCGUGGCACCGAGCCCUCUAUCCAUCAGCCCAGUAGUAGAUGACGAGAAAUCUCUUGUGGUUAUGGAUGCCUUCAGGAAGGCAACUGGCAGAUGGGUGCCCGUCCCUGCGGUCAACUUCCAAGCCGAGGAGGAGAAGAAUUUGUCUGCUACGCACGGUGCUGAUAUCACGACGGACCAACCGGGCCGCUGGGAUUCCAGGCUGUUACCCAAUGGAUUCCCGCUCGCGGCUCGCGAUCGGCUCCUCGCCAUGAUGGCCAGCGCUUGCCAGCCGGUAGACGUCCCUCGCGUGGCCGCCACAUUCCCCUCCUGCGACGGCCUCGGCAUCUUGGUGAGAUCCUUCCUGGCAUGGCAUAUGAGCCAAGAGGAUACCUGGAUCCAUGUCCCGACGUUUUCAGUCAACGAUGUUAAAGUUGAACUACUGGCUUCUAUUGUAGCGGCUGGGGCAGUGAGGUCGCCCAGCCACGCUGUCCAGAAAUUUGGCUUGGCGGUCCAUGAGAUUCUCCAGAUGCAACUCAGGAACAUGGCCCAGAGGGCACCUGUCCUCACGCGGGAGCUGCAGUGGCUUCAGGCCUACGCGCUCGAGGUCCAAACUGGCCUAUGGAGUGGCAACAAGCGGAAAAUGGAAAUCGCCGGAGGCACUCCUUCGCCCCUCAUGCCUGCCGAGCUUUCUCUUCCAUUCCCCCAGUCACGCCAAUUAUGGUUCGCCGGGUCCGCGGAAGGCUGGAAGGAAGCCUACUUUGCAUUAAAAAUUCCCGAUGCCAUGCAUGAAGUCUCGCUGGUGGACUGCCUGGCCGACCUCUCGCGGCUUCGCCAUCUGCCAAUCUUGUUCGACGUAAACAUUGCAAUGCUGUCGGUGCUACAUGGGAUCGCGACGACUGUUCGGAGUCACCGCCACCAGCUCCUCGUAUCGGUCUCGGGAAUCGUGGACAGAUGGUUGGUCGCCACCCGAGAGAGUGUCCUGCCCGAUGAGGCCCAACACCGGUCCUUGCUCAGGGUGUUCGACAGCCUCCACCAGACUUUCCGGCUCUCAGAGAGCGGCGCAGAUACUCCGUGCGCAGUCAUUCUAGUGUUGGAGCUCCUGUUGCUCCAUUUCUACUGCUAUGUCGAACAGAUGGAGCUGCUCGCGGGGAAGGAAGGCUUUGAGGAGGCGCAAGCUUCUUACCCGGCUCUACAGCAGUGGGCAGAUACCCGCGAGGCGCGCCAGGCCGUCUGGCAGGCAGGCCAGAUCUUGAAAGUAGUCAAAGCUCUGCCGCUAGAAACCAUGAAUGACUUCCACUCCGUCGCUCUUUAUCACGCCAGCUUGUGUUUGUGGGCAUAUGGGACCCUCACAAGCAAGAGAUGCGAUGGAAACAGCGCCUUUAUUCCCCUAGACGGGGUGAAUUUCUCCAGUACUCAUGAGAUUCUGCUGGAUGGGGAGGAGUCGCUAGAGUCGCAGAGGUGGAUCGCCUUCGACAGAGGCCGACCUGUCAUUUCUCACCACCCCCACGGCGACGAGGUAGAGGUGCCGCCUAGGAUAUCACUCCAAUCGACGGACGAAGUUAUGCAAGCCUUCAUAAGCACUAUAAGGAGCAAAUACCCCAUGAGGAAUAUCCUUCCACCGUCAACAAAAUGCUUCUGCUACCUUAUGCAUGCGCUGGGUAUGUCCGCACGGAAAGAUACGAAUAGCCCUGUCUCGUAUUAG